AUGACUAAAUGUCUUCUCAAGGCCCUCAAAGCGGUUGAUCUUCAAAAUUAUGUCGAAUUAUUUCGUUCACUUGGUUAUGAUUCCGCGGGUGCAUUGGCACAUUUUCAUAAAGAACAUAUGAAAUAUUUGCAUUUAUCCUCACAAGAACUACUUCGUUUCCAUGCCCUGUUGGACGUUCUCAAAGAAGCAACACGUGAAGGUAAAAUUUGUCCACAUUACUCCAAAUCGCAUCGAGAUUUAGCACCGAAAAAAAGUACAUCAUUACAUGCAAGUACAAAAGAUUCGAUUCAAUACCGAAGUUCACAAUUAUACACUAAGAAGACAUCCGAUGAUAAUCUACAUUCCAAACGAUCGGCAAGUUCAUUAGGAAUUUCAGGACGUGUGACUAGAUCAUCGACAAGUAAUUCUAAUCAUGCGAAUGGAUUUAUUUUGCAACGGCCAGCGUCCGCUGUUCAUCAGCAAAAAUCAACACAUCAACAGUUUUUUGGACCGAAAUCAAUCACAAAUCGACCUGCUGUCGAACACGUAAAAGCGAAAUCAUAUAAUUAUGGUGUGCCAACGAAUAAACGUCAACGGAAUGUUUCUCAACGGAUUCAAUAUCAACACGAGUCGAAUAAUAAUAAUAAUCAUGCUGCGAUAUUUGUUCCAUCGACAAGUAGUACAGCGGAGAUUGUUUCAUAUGCUAAACCUGCGGAAAUCUAUGUUUAUGCACGCAAGCGACCAUUGUUAUUGAGUGAAAUCGAUUUUUAUGAUACAAUCUCUGUGCCGGAUAACAAACGUAUAGUAAUUGCUGAGAAUAAAGCGAAUGUUGACUGUACAUCGUUGCUUAAAAAGACUGAAUUUCAAUUCGAUCAAGUGUUCGGUUCGGAUGCAUCGAAUAAACAAGUCUUCGAAAGUUCAGUAUUGCCAUUUUUAGCAUCGAAUCAUCGUCAGAAUUUAACAUACAUUUGUUUCGGUCAAACCGGAUCGGGUAAAAGUCACACAAUAUUCGGGAGUCGAGGUACAGAUGGUUUGCUCAUCCAUUGUACACAAUUUCUCUUGAAAGAAAUUAACUUACAAAACAAAUUAAUCUGUUCAUUCUAUGAAAUCUAUAAUAAUCAAGUUUACGAUCUUAGUAAUACUAGCAAAAGAUUAUACGUCCGUGAAGAUGGAGAACACCAUGUAAACAUCGUUGGCCUAACGGAAAUACAACUAAGAAAUUUGGAUACAUUACGUUCAGUCAUAAGCGAUGGUUUAUCACGUCGACAUCAUGGUAAAAGUGCAUUUAAUUCGAAUUCAUCUCGCUCGCAUGCAAUUUUCCAACUAUUACUUAAAAACUCCUAUAAUCAAGCGGACUAUUUUCGUUUGAUAUUCAUUGAUCUGGCUGGCAGUGAACGCGCAACUGAUGCGCAGAACAAUCAACGACAAACACGUCGCGAAGGCGCACAAAUCAAUUCAUCAUUAUUAGCAUUAAAAGAAUGUAUUCGUUCAAUGGACAUGACACAAACUCACGCACCUUUUCGGCAAAGUAAACUAACGCAUAUUCUACGCGAUUCUCUUGUUGGCUCGAAAAGUCGUACUUGUCUCAUGGCAAAUGUUUCACCGCCAGAUGAUUGUUGUCAAUGCUCGCUGAAUACUCUUCAAUACGCAUCGAGAAUUCGCGAUCUCAGCAUUCGACAUCGACAUCGAUCGAUGCCGUUGACGACUAUUCAAACGAAUUACUUCGAUGAUGAACGUCAUGUUGCUAUACCAACAGGAAAGGAGAAGACGCAGAGAACAUUCAAACCAGCAACGGCAUCGACGCCAGUUCAUCGAUUAAUUUCAUCAGUUGAUCAUGAAACUUACAUGUCAACAGAUCAUUUAGGUAACGAUACGCGUCAACGAACAGCUAAAUCAACGGAUAUUAAUUGGCAAUUAGCAAAUAAUGAUGUUCCCUUAGCUGGCAACAGUGAAAACUUACGAUCGAAAUCUCUCCGUGCGUCAUCAUCACGUGAAUUUCUAUCGAAUUUGAAUCAUAACAACAAUCAUCAAAGUACUAGUUUCUAUUUAACUCGUUAUGAACAGUCGCACAAGAAGAGCAACGAUCGAGCCGAAAGCCCGUCAAGUUACUUUCCAUUGCCGCAAUCUGAUAUAAAGAAGCCGACAGUUACGGAACCAAAACGUGUCGAACAAUGGAAAACGGUACCUGCCCCACCUGUUACUUCAACACGACGUUUCUCUGAUUCGUCAACUGAACCGAUUACUUCGACACGCGUGAUUCCAAUAGCGCCGAUUCCCAUGUCUGAUGAUAACCAGUAUAGCAGUGCAACCAAUACUGAGAGUCUUGGAACGAAAAUCACGAAAUUAGCAACCGGAGUUCGACCACAUCGUCGAUCGCAUCGACGACAUGAUUUCGUGGAAAAACUGAAUCUAAACAAACAGAGUGAUGUAGGUGGAACAACGACAACAGUGACAGCUGACACGGAACCAGGAAUUUACUCCGAUCGACAAGCAACACAUCGUGAUCAAACAGGUUUUUUUAGCAAUCGAGAUGAGCAUUUACAUGAAAAUCAUUUUAAAUCAAAUUAUCUAACCACAAUAACGCAAGCGUCCUCACCAACGACACCAACACCAAAGAACACAACAUCGGUUCAACAAAAACCGGAUGUUUUCUCUUCAUCAUCACGAAAAUCGUUCUCGUCACCAAACAAAGUUCAUCGUCGCCACCAACCGAUCGAAUCGUCCUCCUCGUCGAGUAGUUUAUCAAGUACCGAAUCGAAAAAGGAUCGCUUUUCCUCACCAAAACGUCGUCAUCGAACAGUUCCUUACCACAGCCAGAACCAUCAUUCCGAUUCGGAUGAUUUCAAUCGUCAACAUGAACCUUACUCAAAUCGAAAGAUGUCGGUUGAACGACAAGAACAUAUCGACGAUCAAUUGUCUGAUCUGUCAUCGAACAAUUUCAUGCAAGCACCACUCGAUCAAAUUAAACGUCAUUAUACUCAAACGUUAUCAACCUCGACACCAUACAUUUCGCCUAUAAAAGAUUACGGCAUUCAUGUCUCCGAUCAAUUAAAUACUUUACGUACAUUACUUGAAACCCGACUCAACGAACAGGAUGACGGGCAUUACCAACCAAAGGAUUCGUCGAUAUUACAAUCGUCUCCAGGAACAUUUACAAAAGAUUUUCUUCAAUCAUAUCAGCAAUCCAAAGGCCAAACUUAUCAUUCAGCAAGAGAAGUCAUCAGUGACGUUGACAAUGACACUGAAGUUAACGAAGAUAAACAAACAGUGAAAUAUUAUGAAGCAAAUCAAAGUGACGUUCUAUCAACAUCUGCAGCAUCAUCGCAUUCACCACAUUUAUCUCCAAUCGGUGAACUUAAUCAAAGUCGACUUCGAUCAAGUGCAACUGUUUCAUCCACAACAACAAUUACACCAAACUCUAUCGAAAAAACCUAUACUCAUGAGCCACGUGCACUAUCCACUUCGAUCUAUUCCCAGCCAUUGACGAAUAAAUCAUUCAGCAAUAACCAUAUUUUACUCAAUGACAGUGAACAUCGAUCAGAUAUAUUAACUCGAUCACCAAAUCCCUAUCCUGCGACGACAGGAACAAGCAGCAGCUUAAUGAUGCCUUCUUCUCCAUCACGUUCGCCAAUAUUAGCAUCCUCCUUGAGUCCAUUUGGUCAAACCAAUGGCAAAAGUAGUUCACUUCUCUCAGGCACAUCGUUUGAUGUUCUCAUGACAAAUCUGCGGAGUAUGCGUGAAAAAGAUCUUGAUUUAAUCAUACAUAAUAAUACAGAUGAUAAUCUCAUUCAACUUGCAGACUAA